ACAGAUCUCAGGCGGCAUGAAGAGCAAGCAGCAACAGUCAGCAGUCGAUACUUUUCGAACGGAGGUGGAAAUAUUUGAAGAGCGUCUGCGCCGUUUCAGAUGCGAUGUCGCACCGGGGUUGGAGGAUGACGCUGUUCAGGCCAACUACCCUAGUAGACCCAAUAAGGAAUUUCAGUCCAGAGAUGCCAAGAGAUUCAUCGUGCUAAAGUCAUCCAUGGAUCCACUGAAUCACAUGAAAAUGCUGUCGCGGACAUUGCCGAGCAUUGAGAACAUGUGUAAGCAGAGCAAUGAGUACCUGGAAAAGUUGCGGCUCAGAAAAAUUGAGGAUGCCAUAUCCAAGCGCGAGCGGGAUCAGCGCCGACGAAAGCGGACCUUGGAAGAGCAUCAGGCCCAAGAAACAUCUGAUCUGGCUCAAUUGGAAGAAAUGGCUCUUUCAAAACUUUUGCGCCAAUCCAAGCAAGAACGUCGGAUAGCCGAGCAGCUUAUGCACGUACGCCAUGAGCGGGAGGUAAUGCAAGAGAACCGAAUAUUCAGGGAGCACCAGUAUACAAACCGCCGCCAAGAAGACUACGAAAACUCUCUGGCUCGCGAGUAUACCCUCUGCGAAAGAGCUAGGGAGGAGUACCGGAUGCAAACAGCAAUGCAAUUGGCUCAACACCAAGAGAUCUUGGCUGAAAAGGCAGCCGCGAACCAUAACAAACGCUAUAGGGUGUGUCUGGAUAUCGUUAAAGAUAUUGUUGAUCUGUCAAUGCGGAUAUCCGAAUACCGUACUUUAAAUGACGGGAAAGACCUUCCCAGGAAGCUCGUCGACGAAUGGAAGCUUCUGUUUGCCAGCGGUGCUUCUAUGGACCAGCAGUAUAAUCCUGAGCUGACAUCUGACGUUGUGGACUCAGCAAUGUAUGACCGUGACACUGUCGGGGACGGAGACAGAUGCGAAGUGACGCGUGAAGGGCGGACGAUAACCAACAGCAUUAAACUGCUGGAUGAGAAGGAAUUCCACGACUACUUGUUAGGCAAAGGAGACUGGGGGUUCCCUGGUGACUCCCCUCUCGAGUUCUCUCCCAACGAACUGCUGGCAAAACUGGUUGACACUUUGCUGGAUAUGACGGCACCACCAGAACCUGUGCGUGAAGCCGUAUUUCUUCCCCCGGUCCCACUAAAAAUAGCCUUGAUUGGCAAGCCCUUCGCUGGAAAAAAGACCCUGGCGAAGAAAUUAGCGGCGAAAUACUGUCUUUCCGUUCUUUCUGUGGAUGAGUUGGUGCAAGAUGCAAUCAGGCACGCGGACAUCACAUAUAAGCCUUCUGAUGGGGAGAAACCUCGCAGUAAGGGGGCAACUAAAGCCCAGAUAGGAGCUAAGAUACAGAUUAACAUGCUAGAAGGAGGAAGCCCAGAUGAUGCCCUUCUGGUCUCGCUAGUUAUCGAGGCGAUCCGGAGAAACACGCAUGAGGAUAAACCAUAUCCAUAUGGAGGCUUUGUUCUGACAGAUUUCCCAAGGACUCGCCAUCAAGCGCAGCUUCUAGAAAGAGAACUCUCCGGGUACGAAGAUCCAAAACCAGUAAAACUUGGUAACCUUAAGCGGACCCCUAAAGACAAGUCCAGACAACGCUCACAGAUUGUACCCCUGGAAGGACAGCCCGAGAACAAGGCUGGCAAUGUCACGAGUGGAAUUGAUAUUGUGAUUCUACUGGAUGUAGAAAAUGAGCUGGCAUGUAAGCGUGCGGCUGGAAGACGGAUUGACCCUUUAACUGGGGAGAUGUACCACUUGGAAACCAACCCACCUCCGAUUGAUGACCCGGGUCUACUGGAAAGAUUGUGUCCUUUAAAUGAAGAUGAAAGUGAAAGCAAUCAGAUUCAAUAUCAAAUUGCUGCAUUUGAAGAUCAGCAGGAUCUACUGAAGGAGUGGUAUGCUCGCUUCAGCAAUUUGCAGGGUGUAGAUGGCAAUAUGACCUCGAGCGACGUCUGUACUACAGUUGAUCAAAUUAUCCAAGAAUUGAUAGCACGGAAAGAAAAGUGCAAGGAUCAAGCAGGGAAGGAUACCAUGGAGGGUGUAGAACGAUUGCUGGAAUCACCAAUUCAUGAGCUAGAUAAGCCCUCGGAUGACGGGGCGAGUACAAGUCGACAAUUAGCAAUACCUGUCGUUGACGAACGUGUGAAUAUUACACAUCGAGCUCAAGCAUCUCCUGUCGUCAACAGUACAGAUAUUAGACCUGUCUUGGGCAAGGUACAAGAAGACGAUAGAAAGGGAAAAACUGCUUCUGGUCGGGCGAGAGGUACUAGUGGUAGUAGUAAAGGACAGGAAAAGGCCACUUCGAGGACAGCGAGCGCUGGAGCUGGUGUGGCUAUAGAAGCUACCAAUGGACUGAAAGGCCGAGGUAAUGCCAGUGCAAAGGAGCGGGCCCAAAUAGAUGCCAAAGAUAUCAAACGAGAUAAAGGCGCCAGUGCGUCUGCUGGGACAGGAGGUGAGAGACAGAUCGCGAGCUCGAUAGACCCAGGCGUAGCGGCAGGUUCGGUGGAUUUGCCAGUCGAGUCGACCACACCCCUUUUGAAUCGACCCCUCGCACCGGAUGGCAAACGCUGGCCAUCCCGAGAUCUAGCAGAAGUACUUGCGGAUCAAUGGGCAACUGUCGAAAAUACUUACACCGACACUUUAAAAUUUGCCUUCCGCUCCCUGAGAAGGGAGAAGGAGGCCAUUCUGACCUACUUCCACGGAAUCAAAGUAAAUUUCAAAAGAUUCUUGGAGAGACCUGACCAGAAGCAACAUCUGAUCGAGCUGUUUCAACAUGAAUUUAAUAACGUGGAAGACGAUUUGCGAUCGGACGCUGAUGCCAAGGCAGAGCUUCAUCAAAGGGCGGAAGAUUUGCGUGAAAGGUUGUGGGAGAUGUCCGAUAAGCGGAAAGAAGAGGCAGAAACAGAGCGGAUGUCAAUCAUUGAAGACAAAUGGGUGGAAGAUCACUUCAUAAUUAUGGCGAACGUUUACAUUACAAUGAUGCAGGUGGAGGUUGACCGGCACCUUGGGACAAAGCAUCUGAUUGCCGACUAUUUCCGAGAUGCUCAGGGCACCGUCGUCCCAGAUAAUAUUCGUUCACAUGUCAAAAUUCCGUUGAUCAGUACUAGUGCGUCAGCGAGCCUUGAUAUUGGUUCCUUGUUUGUGAAUACUUCAGCAGAUAGUAUGCAGAAACUACACAAGCGCGAUAUUGGGGGAAGUGCGGAGCAAACACGACUGACUGUGCCGUCCAGCACAAGGGCCGGUGGGAAGUCCGGAGCUGUAAAUUCCAGCGGGACGAGUGGUGGUUUAAAUGCAGGUGGUGGGAAAAAGCCUCCAGCUGUUGCUCGCAUGGCCUCGGUUAUGGAGAUUCCUCGGCAUACCGCAGGAGCAGGAGGUGACAAAGACCAGCCUACUGGGGAGAACGAGCAUGCUAUGUUCAGCGACAUCCAAGCCGCAUAUGAUACUGCCUUAAGCGUUCUUGUGAGCCAUGAGGAAACUCCAUCACCAGAAAAAGAGAAGAAAGAUAAGAAAAAGCCUAGUCAAAUCGAGCCUGUGGAGCAAAAAGCGGAAGCAGAGGUUGAGUUGCCUGUCGACUAUCACAAAAUAGUGGAACGUGAGGACCACGCCCUGCGACGAAAAAUUGACCGACUGAAGCAGCACGCCAUGGACAGCCUUAGGGAGCUCCGAAACAAGGCGAUUGACGUUUAUACGUCGUUGGAUGACUGGAUUGGGGCACGCUUCGCUGCCGAAAUGGAUGCUAUACGAGAAAUGUUAAAUGUGAUCAAAGAAGCGGUCGAAGCAGAGUCGAAGCUCCCAAACCUCUUGAUUCUGCAAGGCGAAAGAUUCAAAGUGGACUUCCAGGUUUUGACCUAUGAGCCAGAACCGGAACCAAGGCCACCGAGUCCCCUGGAAAAGCCUCUACCGGAUCAGUUCACAGUUUCUCAGCUAGUCAAUCUUUGUCGACAAUUUCGAAAUAUUGCACCUUCCGGAUAUAUUAGUUGCAAGGAAUUCCUCGACUAUUUCCAGAAAAUGGCCAGCGUGUCUUCGGGUACUGAGCAACUUCCGGAGCAUUACAGCGCGGCGGAACCCGCGCAGUUGCAACAGCUAUGUCUAUCUUUGGAUCCGUACGAAACGGGGUUCAUAUCUUGGAGAAAAUUUCUCAUCAUCAACUCACGAAUAUUGCCCGUGCCAAGUAUCGACCAACUCAUGUAUUUGAAGAACUCCUACAAGGAUCAGAGUGUCAACUCGGAUGGAUGGAAGAUAAACCGGUCAGACUACAUGGGAAUUCCACUCUGGUUUGAGGAUGAGGUGGAUGAUUCCGCGCUCCAGGACGACUUCAUUGCGAAAUUUAAUAGACGUACCAAGCUGAAGGAGGCAUUGUUCCAUUUCUUCGAGGCGCCAGAGGAUGAUCUGCGCGAGAAUCUCUUUGAUGCCUUCCAUUUCCUGAUGUCUUCUUGCCUGGACAUAUCUGCGAAGAAUGGUCUCCAGAAAGCAUUUGCUGUAAUGAGUGACCAAGAGGACGGAGCUUGCUCACUUCCCCAGGUGUAUGAGAUCCUUCAUUUCGGCACGACGCUGUUAGGUGAAACACAUCGUCUCGGCGAACAGAAUAUUCAUGAUCCGUUUCCAAAGGAGCUUUUACAACGCAUAUUUGACGAAGCAGGAGUAGGUCCAGAAGGAGUAAUCACCUUUGAUGCUCUCACAGCUGUAACAGAAUCCCAAUCUGCACUUCAGUCAUGCGUGCUUUACCAGCUAGAGGACUCAAGUUUGUUUGGAAUAAAAUCCCGUCCAUCAUCAGCAAUUGACUCAAAGGCCUUCUGACAAAGUUGCUGUUAGUAGUGCCAGCAGACAAAUGUAAAAAAAUAUAAGGCACAUAGCUAGGGAUACUAGUUACACCUAAUUGAUAAUAAUACAAACUGGUGACAUACACUCCAGAGGGAUAACAACCCCAAAUAAAAACAAUAUACCUG